GGCGGGCGCUCGCCCCUCCCGUGUGACGGUGUCGCGGCGGCGGCGGGGCCGCGGGCGCCCGGAAUGGAGAUCGGGCCUCACGCGGGGCAGGCGGAGAGCAGGAAGGAGCACUGGAAGCUCCUUGGCAAUCUAAAGACCACAGUGGAAGGUUUGGUGUCCAUCAGCAACCCAAAUGUCUGGUCCAAGUAUGGCGGCUUGGAACGGCUCUGCAGAGACAUGCACAGCAUCCUCUACCAUGGGCUCAUCCUUGACAAGGUGGUACCUGACUGUGCCUGUCCUGGGCAGGUGUGCUGCAGACAGAAGGAUUACUGGCAGUUUGUGAAGGACAUUCGCUGGCUGAGUCCGGGCUCUGCUCAUCACCUGGAGAAGUUCAUCAGCCUUCAGGAGAGUGGCCAGUGUGACCCCGAGGCCUCAGGAGACAAGGCCAUUUCCCAGCUGUGGCUGCAGCACAGCCUGCAGUGCCACUGCCUGUCGGCACAGCUGAGGCCGCUCCUGGGGAACCACCAGUACAUCAGGAAGUUCUAUGCAGAUACUGCCUUCCUGCUCAGUGACGCCCACGUCACGGCCAUGCUGCAGUGCCUAGAAGCUGUUGAGCAGAACAACCCCAGGCUUCUGGCUCAGAUUGACACMUCCAUGCUGGCGGGCACAUCACUGCCGUCCCUGUGCGCGUCAGACCCUGCUGCUGGGACAAGAGACAUGUGUGAUCACAGCGCUAAGGGACACCAGAGCCGUCUGCCRGGAGCGCUGGGCUGCCUGGAUCAUUUCACUGAGAGCCUGCUUGCCAGGAAGAGUGACAAUCCAUCUCCAGUGACCAAGAGUCAGAGCCUGACUGCUCUCCCUGCAUCCCCGUGUGUCCCUGCUGCCACCUGCACACAGCAGCGCUGCUUUGGGUCCUUCUCCAGCCUCCAGCAUCCAGCCUCCUCUGGCCUCUCAGACAGGAGACCRGUGAGUUCCUGUAGUAGCUCCAACUCCAGCCAGCCCCAGGAGCGCUGUCCGUCCACACGGUCCUCCUCCUUCAGCGAGGGCAGGUCCCCUCUGGAGCAGCCUGGCUCUGUCACCCGCUUCCACGUSCCCUCAUCCAAAGACCCCUUCUCUCCAGCCAGCGAGAUGAGCUCCAGCACCACCAGCCAGAGUGAGGAUACUUGGACAGGGAGCCAGGAUGAUCCACAGAGUGAUGUUAAUGACGGGCCGGAGUACCUGGCCAUUGGGAACUUGGGACGCCGGGGCCGCACAUGCAGCAGCGCCAGUACCAGCAGCACCAAGAGCAGUAGCUCCAAAAUCUUCUCCUCCAGCAGCUCCCAGAAGCUGGACUCAGUAUCAUCCCUGGGGGAGCAGGGAGCAAGUGGAGGUAGCAGCAGGGGCAUAAGUCUGUUGCGCCGGUCCAGCUUCUCAGAGGGACAGUCAUCAGCUCCACAGGGCAUUCUCAAGAAGAGCCAURUGCGCUCACACUCUGACACCAACGUUACUUCUGGGAAGUUGCACGAGUCCCAUGGUGAUCCAGGUGGAGGGAGAGGGCCRAUGUCUGCUUCCACACAGAGCAGUGAACUGAGCACACCCAGCUCCCUCUACAUGGAGUAUGACUCAGGACAGUACCUGAGCUCUGGGGAAGGAAUGUUCAGGAGACCUUCGGAAGGGCAGUCCCUCAUCAGCUACCUCUCUGAGCAGGACUUUGGCAGUUGUGCAGACUUGGAGAAGGAAAACGCCCACUUCAGCAUCUCAGAGUCCCUGAUCGCUGCCAUUGAGCUGAUGAAGUGCAACAUGAUGAGCAGGCAGUUGGAGGAGGAGGAGGAAGAUAGUGACAAGGAGAUWCAGGAGCUUAAACAAAAGAUUCGCAUUCGGCGCCAGCAGAUCCGCACCAAGCACCUGUUCCCUACCUGCCAGGAGAUGGGCUCAGACAGUCUCAUGGCAACAGACAGUGGGUCCCAGUUCAGCUCCCAUGGCUCCAUGCGGCUCUCUGACUCUGGCUCUGUGGAGGAUGUGGAAGAGUACGAGAUCCGAGAUGGUAACGAUGGAUCUAACCUGAUUCAAAUGUCCAAGAACGGCCUCUCAGUGUCAAUGGCUUCCUUGUUCUCAGAUGCAGACAUCAAGAGGAACCCAGACUCCAGCAGGAAGUCCUUUCUCUCCUCAGACUCCAUAUCCCACUCMUUCCUCAAUUCAAACUCGGCAGAGGCUGUGGCCAUGGGUUUGCUGAAGCAAUUUGAGGGCAUGCAGCUCCCAGCUGCCUCUGAAUUGGAGUGGCUYGUCCCCGAGCACGAUGCCCCACAGAAGCUCCUGCCCAUCCCUGACUCUCUGCCUAUCUCUCCYGAUGAUGGAGAGCAUGCUGACAUCUACAAGCUGAGGAUUCGGGUGCGUGGAAACCUGGAGUGGGCCCCGCCACGACCGCAGAUCAUCUUCAAUGUUCACCCAGCCCCAACGAGGAAGGCWGCUGUGACCAAGCAGAAUUACCGGUGUGCAGGCUGUGGCAUCCGGACUGAUCCUGCUUACAUCAAGAGGCUGCGCUACUGCGAGUACCUGGGCAAGUAUUUCUGCCAGUGCUGCCACGAGAACGCCCAGACCAUCAUCCCCAGCCGCAUCCUGCGCAAGUGGGACUUCAGCAAGUAYUAUGUGAGCAACUUCUCCAAAGACCUGCUGAGCAAGAUCUGGAGUGAUCCGCUCUUCAACGUGCAGGCUAUCAAUCCUGCCCUGUACCAGAAAGUGAAGGCUCUCAACCAAGUGCGGCUGCUGCGAAUCCAGCUUUUCCACAUGAAGAACAUGUUUAAGACGUGCCGGCUGGCUAAAGACCUCCUGGACUCCUUUGACAUGGUGCCUGGCCACUUGACAGAGGAUUUGCACCUCUACUCGCUGAGUGACUUCAGUGCCAUCAAGAAGGGGGACCUGGUACCUCGUCUGACAGAGCUCCUGAAGGCAGGCAGCCUGCAUAUUGACAAGUGCAUGCUGUGCCAAGCCAAAGGCUUCAUCUGUGAGUUCUGCCAAAAUGAGGACGACAUCAUCUUCCCCUUUGAGCUCAACAAGUGCAGGACAUGUGAAGAGUGCAAAGCCUGCUACCACAAAUCCUGCUUCAAAUCCACCCACUGUCCCCGGUGCGAGCGUCUUCAAGCCCGGAGAGAGCUGAUGGCCAAGCAGAGCAUGGAGUCCUACAUCUCGGACUAUGAAGAUGAGCUGGAGCAGCCGGAGGCAGUAGCAGCCACAUGAGCAUGUUGCAGCCAAGGAGCAGAUCAUGGGUUUGUUUAUACGUGGCCUUCAUCACCAGAGACUGAGCCACACGGACUGGAGAUGAGGAGGACUGUUGGGAGGCCUGGAGCACUGUCUUGAAGGGAUCUCUUUUCCCUCAUGCAGUAGUGCUGGGCUGGGAAAGGAGCAUAUUCCAUCAUGUGGAUCUGUUCCAGGUACCACUCCCACUCCCUGAUGCCUUUGCUUGGGGGCCAGCAGCUGCUCUGCUUGUCCUGCAGGCAGAACAGGGACCUUUUCCAAGCAGCUGUUUGUGCUGGACCAGGCAGRGCUGUACUGUCCAGCCCUAUGCCCUGCUCUGAACUGAGCAGAGUCCCCUGAAGGGUCAGCACUUUCUGCUCAUCAGCUGUAUACUAGGAAGCUCUGGUCACAUCUGCUCCUUGGAGGAGGGAGUCAGGUUUCCUCUGAUCCUCCAUUCUGCUGCUGGGGGUUGUGUGCAUGGAGGGAGGGUGGGGGGUUUGGGGUUGUUUGUAUAUUUAACAGCUCCCUUUCUYGAAUGUGCUGUGGGACUCUGCUGGAGAGCAGUUGCUCUCACUCCAGGAUCAGAGCAGAGGAGGUGGCAACAAUGAAAAUACCAGAUUUCCCAGUGCUGCAGAGGGACAUUGCUCCUGGAGCAGCUGCACAAAUGGACAUGCUGAUAGACUUUUGGCAGGCAGAUCCCCAUGGCUCCAUGGAAAUGUGCCUCCAUGAGAUACGGUGAGACAUCUGAUCCUACUCCCUCCUCAUGCUGCCAGUCUGUCCUACCAGGGAGAYAUGUCCUCUAAGGAUGACAUGGAACCUCACUCUGGUGGCACCAGAACCAGCCUUUUGUGCAGCUGCCUUCUGCCUGAGACCUGUGGGGUUGCAGGUGAAGGUUGAGCCCUCCAGCUGCAUUCCCCAAGCCUCUGUCUCGGUUUGUUUUAGGUUUUUGUUGUUUGUUUGGGGUUUUUUUUGUUGUUUUUUUUUCUUUUUUCUUUUUUAAAUCUGCUGGAUUUAGUUUUUUUUAAUGUGAUUGUUUGUAUUUUUAAUUGUGUGUUUCCCCUCAAGGAGGUGCUGCUUGAAAUGCCUCAUUUGGGGGCAUGUGAUCUGCUUGGGACUCACCAGUGUAAAAUCUCCAGGGCUGUCCUGCUUGUGGUUCCUCACCCYGGGAUGGAGCUGAUCCCCUCUCCCAGCAGAUCUCCUGCUCCCCGUGGGAGAAGAGGGGUCCCUGAGCCAGGCAAAGCCUUGAAGCUUCCCAGSUGUGAUUUGGGAUGGUCAGGCAGCCUGCUUGCAAUGGGGAUACCCAGGGGAAGAGGGGUUUGGCACUGGGGUGCUGCCAAAGGUGCUGCCUCGCUGAUGCAGAGCCACCUGCCAUGAGUGACAGCUCUGCAGGGUCAGGGUCACACCCAGUGGGACAAGGUGAGCUCUGUGCCCAGUCAAGGAGGUGCCUCUGCAUUGUGGGGUGAUGCUUUAGCCGUGGCAUGUCCAGUACCACCUCAGUGUGYGUGGGAUGUGGGGUGUCACAAAGGAUGGUGUGGCCUGUGCAUGUGCAAGGAAGGUGUUGAGG